AUGCCCGUCUGGAAACUCCACGAAACUCUCUUCGACGUCGCCGCCACCAUCGACACCUUCGUCGAGGACGGCUGCUGGAACGAGCUCACCGGGUUGGACACCGUGCCCUGGGACGAGGCCGACCCCGAAGAGGCGUGGCUGGAGAACGACCAGCGGUUGCUCAAGGCGGUCCGCACGUUCCUCGCGAAAUACCGAGCGGUACAAGGUGAUAUGACGAAGCAAGAAUUCCUGCGGCAGAAGGAUCAGUACAACAAUGGUCGCGACGCCGUCCUCCGGUGGUUCAAGGCGCGACUCGGCGUGUGGAAUGUGCGUGUGCGGUUCAUCGGCGUCCUCGAGGAGAACGGGAUGGGCCCAUAUCGGGUCAUGCAGCUCAACAAGGCGCAGAAGGCACGUCCUUCUCAUCGCUGCACAAGCACGCUGACUCACCUCCAUUCCCAGCUGCCUAGCAUGGAGCAAUGCCAGGUCAACUCCCAGUACACCAACAUCGCGCGCGAACUCUUCGGUGACGCCGUUGCGCUGGAGAACUCGAACCUCCUCGUCAUGUGGGCGCCGCAGGUCAUCGGGCGCAUGACGGCCUGGGUCUGGCACGGCGAGGCGACGCGCAUCAAGCGCGAGAUCGGCCAACUCGAGAAGGAGGCCGCCGAGCUCGACCAGAAGUGGGAAGCCGUUAUCAAGAACCCGACCUCUCGGAGCAUCAAGGCGUACGUCAAGCGGAUGGAGAACAAAAUCGCCAUCUCGCGGAAAUUCGACAACGGCGUCGUCUGCCAGGCGUUCGAGCGGCAGCUCCAACGCGUCGCCGACCUCAGGACGCAAAUGGAGGACACGACGGUGAACGUGCCCGGGCUCCCCAAGCAGGUGUUCGAGGCGAUCCGCCUGCUCGCGAACGAGGAGGAAGUGCGCGCGCUCACCACCGAGCUCGACCUUAUCCUCAGCGAUGAGGUCGCCGACCCCAUCGAGAUAAACGUCGACGGCGCCGAUGCGCCCGAGAUGGACUGGGGGACCGGCGUCGAGGAGUACGAGGGCUUCUCCGAGGACGAGCUCUGGGCGAUGCUGGGUCGCGCCAAGGAGAAGACGAUCCCGUUUUUCAACACCGCGGAGGCCGCGACCGGCGUCCACGAUCCCUGGUCCCCCAAGGGCAUCGAGGCCAUGACCGCGACGGACGCCGUCCCGCUCCGCCCCCACUGGCAUCAGUUGAUCGGCGUCGUCAAGAUGCUCGACAACUACCUGCGCGGCGACCCCACCCUCCUCAUGGACGGCGUUGGGGUCGGCAAGACCAUGCAAGUGGUCGGCGUCGUCUGCUGCCUCGCUUUCUUCCAUGCCCACUACGCGCAGCACGGCCACUUCCCGGGCAAAUUCGCAAACAUCAAGUACCAUCGCGAGGGCAACACCCCCUCUGAACCCACUCUCAUCGUUGUCCCCGUCGCGCUCGAGCGCCAAGUCGUCUCCGAGAUCCACCGCUACGUCCGCCCGAAAACCUUCGACCUCAUCUCAUACACAUCUUCGGUGCGCGGCGCGAAGGGCGCGGCGUUCUGGGAGGCGGUCGACAACUUCGCGCAGCCCCCCGAACGUCAAAUCAUUGUCGCAACCAACCCGGCGGUCGAGAAGGACGGCGCGGAGCUGUUCACAAAGCUGACGGACAGGCCGUGGAAUCUGGGCACGCGCCGGCAGCGGAAGGCAGCGACGCUGGCAAAGGCCAAAGCCCCAACGGUGUACAAUCGCCAUUGGAGUCUGAUGAUCUGCGACGAGGUCCACACCAUGCGGCGCGUCAAUCAGCUCUUCGUCGCGGUGCGCGGCCUCCGCGAGCAGGCCGGCGGGAUGAUUGGCAUGACGGCCACCCCGACCAUCACCAACGCCUUGGAUCUCGCGUCCCUCGGCCGGCUGUUGGGCGUCGACAAGUUCAGCGACGAUCACUUCGCCGUCCUCGACGAGUUCCGCAAAUCUCUGGGGCGCGCCGCCUCGCAAGACCGGAAGAACCGGAAGGACGCCGACAAGGUCGGCAAGAAGGGCAAAGGCAAGAAGGCCGCGAAGGCCGCAUCGCAGGAGCCGAAAGGUCAAGGUAAUGCGGAGAGUGUCUCGCAAAGCGUGGUGGAGACGGUGCGUAUCAUGACGGACUUCCGCGCUCGGUUCUUCGGCAAGGUCUGUCGGCGGACCAUCGAGUCCAUGCACCAGAAGGGGCAGGACUUCGAGGGCUUGCCCCCUGCACACAGGAUCCAGCUCAUGCUGCGGCUGGCGAAGUACGAGCAGGAGAUGAUGGCCGAGCUGGCGGGCACAACGCGCGCAGCCGUGGGCACGAGCCACACGUCCGCGAGCGACAAGUCGUUUUACAUAGAUUUGCGGCGCGCGACAUUCCACCUCUCGCAGUCGUCGACGACCGAAUUCCCCGAGCCGAAGAGCAAGGAGGAAUUCGAGCAGAUGCCGACCGCCAAGCUCGCCGCCCUCGUCGACAUCAUCCACCACCACCGCACGCCCAAGGCCCCGCCUCUCAACAUCAAGACGGAGCUGCGCGGUGUUCCCCUCAGCGACCUGCCCCCGUUUCCCGAGUCCAACAAGCUGUACCCAGACCCUGACUUCAAGGGCUAUUCCACUCACCACGGCUCGGGGCCGGACAAAAUGAUCGUCUUCUCGUACUUCCCGUCCAACAACAACCUGUUGCGCAAGGUCUUCGACUUCUACGGCAUCAAGGCGGUGUUCUUGAACGGGAAGCUCAGCGCGGCGCAGCGCGAGCGCGUCGUCGAGGACUUCCGCAAGGCGGGCGCGGACGGCCCUACGGUCCUCGUCAUGUCGUCGGUCGGCGCCACCGGGCUCAACCUUGCGUGGGCCAACAUAAUGAUCUUCGUGGAUACGACGUGGUCUGCGCAGGAGGACGAGCAGGCCAUCGGCCGCAUCCUUCGCUUCGGCCAGAAGUCCGACGUGUUGAUCUACUAUCUGAUCACACUCGCCAGCGUCGACGUCUUGCUGAACACCAUCGCGUUCGACAAGGGCGUCAUGCACCAGGCCUUCAUGGAGGCGGACUUCGAGCUCAAGCGCGUCGUCAUGUUGCUCCUCGGCAACAAGAUCGCUCACCUCAUCGGUGACGCUGACGUCGAGUUGCCCGCGGACCCUGAGGAGGACGACGACGGCACCACUGCCAGCAGCGUUGAGGUCGAGCAGGCCCUCACCCCGCGCAAGAGGAAGCAGAAGAAGGCGGCGAAGACGCCCGCCAUCUUUAUCAGCGACGACGAGGCCGAACCUUCGGAGAAGGGCGACGGCGUCGACCCUCCGAAGAAGGGCGGCAAGCCGACCACGAAGAGGCCCCAGCCACGCAGGAGGGGCGCAAAGGCCAAGGCAGUCACCCCCUCAACGACGACGCCCGAGCCGGAGUCUGAGGAGGACAAGACCUCGACGUCUCAUGCGUCGGCCACUCCCCCGCCGCGGCCCGUGACUCCGCCGCCUGCUCAGCCUCGCGCGUCCCUCCCGCCGCCGCCUACUACCCCGCCGUCGCCUGCUGAGCCUCGCGCGUCCCUCCCACCGCCGCCUACGACCCCGCCGUCGCUUGCUGAGCCUCGCGCGCCCCUCCUUCCGCCGCCUACCACUCCGCCGUCCGCCGACCGUCCCUCCACCCCCCUGCCGCAAUCUACACGUCCACAAUCUACAACUCCCCGGCAGGGAGGACCGAGCACCCCGUCUCGGUGGCGUCAGUCGGAAUCGCACACCCCGCCCUCGCAACUCCUUCCCGCGGAUCCCUUCGCGCUCACGCAGAAGUUCACCGACGCUUCGCUGAGCUCCAGUGCUCCCGCCGCGACCCCCGCCAUCCCCACCUCUGCGCUCAACGCUGCUGCCGCGCCGCCUGUGGACCCUACGCCGGACGUCGAAAUGGUCGACAGCCACGCUUCGGACCUCGACAUGUCUCACGAGGACGCCCGCAUGAUGGACAUCUCCGAGCUCGAGGAGGAACCGCGGCGCGACACUUCGCCUUUGUCCGACGCCCCGAGCGAAUCGAACAUCCCGAUUGCUCAGCGGAAGGGCAAGCGCAAGGCUGCGUCGCCCGCUUCGGCCGGUCGUCCCCGUCGCGGUACGCCCAGCACCUACGUCCCGACCGACCGUCUCGGCGCUGGUGACGACGAGCUCCCGACGGGCAGCGCGAAGAGGACGCGUGAACGCAGGAAGAAGUUCUGA